AUCGUUUGCUGGAUCAGCCGUCACGUACAGUCAUGAGUAGAACAACGGGUUUCAACUUUCUGAAACUAUUUUUUAUUUUUAUUUUAUGUUUUAUUCAAACUAUUGAUUGUGGAAAGAAGGGUUGUCAAAAAUGUAAACCUAAAACAAGGAGUGGUCGAAAACCGCAGAGAAAUUACACGUCCAAGGUGACGUAUUCGGGGAUUAUGGAUUUGAAAGGCAGUGCAUUUCAGCUUGCGCCAAAAGGAGGGUUAACGGACCACUGGAAAGAGGUCGAUCCAAAUGUACUGUCUUAUGCAGACGUCGUCAAUAAAGGCAGAGAAUUUGUUACUUAUGUCAAAGAGAGGUUCAACAUCGAUAUAAGCACACUAACGGAUAAGCAAAUAUAUAUGGGAUCGGCUGUUCAUUUCGGAGAUUUAACAUUUUUGGGAUACCUUGUGGACGCUGAUCUGAGAUUGGUUACAAAAACAACACCUUAUCAAGAAGUCAACUAUUACCGAAAUACAAAAUACAAAGGCGUUGGAUAUAUCAUUGCGUCAGGUGCGGAUACAAAUCUAACGGGUGGAACAUGGACAGGACUGAUGCCGAAAAAUUCAGCAAUCUUUCUUGAAGUCGCUUUGAUAGACGACAGUGAGGAAUGCAACUUUAACUCUGAACCACAUAUCAUAACAACCCGUUCGCUUGAUGUCCACCCUGCCAAGUAUUUCAACGGAGAGUACACGAUGGUAAACACAUGGGAAGCAGAGGCCUGGUC